AUGUCCAACCGGUCGCUAGCAUCGGCCCUCAAGCUUUUGGGCCAAGCCAAUGGACCUUCGGCCAGACAAGGCGCUUCAUGCGCCAGGCAAUUCAGCACAACGGCGUCUCGUGGAGUGCGAGCGACUUUUGUCGAAACUGAGAACGCCGAAUUGAACCAAGUCUUGAAGACGAUUCAAGAAAAGACCAUCUUCCCAGCCUACUUACCUCAGAAGCAGCGAAAGAUUGUCUUCAACCCCAAAAUGCGAACCCACAUGCAGUCGAACCCCAUCAUCAUCGAGGUUGACGGCAUCGAGCACAGAUUUUCCCCGAUCGAUCGCAGCAAGGAUAUCCCAAACUCGAAAAAGAGCUUCAAUCAGGCCAUGAACCUGAUGGAGACGUCAGAGGAUUGGGCCAACCUGGGCACUCUCCUCGCAGGAUAUAAAAAGGCCGGCGUGAAGCUCCGCAAUCAGCACUGGGGAAAGAUUGUCCGCCGCGCCGAGGAGACGGGCAACAUAUACGCCGUGAUUGAGUGCGCAAAGCAAGCAGAGAAGACUGGGCUGAAGCUUCAAACACACGAAAUGGUCGUACGACUCUUGGCCGCCAUCAACAACAAGAUUAUCAGCGGCAACCAAGCUGCCACCGUACAAGUUGUCAAAUGGAUGGAGGUUGCCCUCGACCUGCUGCACCACCCGGAGCAGGCGACGCACAGAGACGCGGCCGCAGACACCAAGGUCCACGCAUCGCGGCUGGCGCGAGGCCUCGUCUUGUUCACGCGCGCCUCGGUGGUUUCUGCGAAGAAGGCCGCAGGACAGGACGCAGCUGCUGAGCUGACCCUACUCAAGGACGAGGUUGAGCUUCUCAAGACGCUAUGGAGGGACGCAGACCUCAAGAACCUCGACAGCCUCGCCGAGUUUGCGGUUCUGAAUCCCGGGGCUGUGGAGGACCACAAGAAUCUGAACGGGGCCAGCUUCGUGAGCAUCGUCACUCAGAACAUCAAGGCUAUCUCCCUGGCGCGCGAGCUGGCCCCGGCAGAGGCUCAGGCGCUUGGCGCCGUGGAGACUGCUCUGUCAGAGCAUCUCACGAUAUAUGCCACAAACGACAAGCGUCGCGAUGGGCGCUGGGCCGAGUCAUAUGAGGAGAUUACGGGCGCCGCGCCGUCGUGGCCUGCCGUUCCGUCGAAACCAGCAAAGACUGCCGCAACAGCGGACCUUUGA